AUCGCUGCUGCUGCUGCUGCUGCUGGAAGCUCCACCAAGCAUCUGCGCCUUUAAAAGCUAGUAGCUGCGCUUCAGCCAGAGCCAACAAACGACUUCAGUCAGCGCUGACAGCCAGACCUACUGUAAAGCUCGAGCGACCGCCCGGCCCCCGGCUCACCUUCACAGCGGGACCCAUGGAACUGUAAUGAUGGAAUAUCACUGGAAUCUACUGGUCUGGCUUUUUCUCCUGCUGACCUUCCACCCGGGACACGGCAAGCCCACCAUCAGCCCAUCUGGGUCUCACUUGGUCGUCCCGCUCAAUGAAGCCUUCACCUUGGUCUGUCAGGGUGAGAAGGAAAUGCAGUGGCAGCGGGAGGGUGGUCGGAGAGUCCGUGGAGAGAAGAAAGUGGAUGGGAUGUCCACAUUGCACAUCAGCAUUGCCAAACCAAUUCACAUGGGCCGGUACAACUGCCUGGAGGGAAAGUCAGGCGAGACAACCUCCAUCUACGUCUUUGUAAAAGAUCCUGAAAAUCCUUUCAGAAUAUCGAUGGUUUUCAACGUCCUCACCCGUGAGGGAGAUACUGCCUCAAUCUCCUGCCUAGCAACAGAUCCAACUUUGGCUGACCUGCACCUGGAAACCUGCUCCAGGGGAGCGCUGGCCUCUGGUUUGCAGUAUUCUGCCAGCCUGGAGCAAGGCAUCACUAUCUACGAUACACAGAAGGCUUACGAAGGCUGCUAUGUGUGCACAGGCGUGCUCAGGAAGGAGAGAGUCAGAUCACGUAACUACUAUCUCACGGUGAAACCAGUGCCUGUAGCGCCUCCUGUCAUCGACAUGCAAGCUCCCAAACGCGUGAUUCUGACGGUUAGCGAGAAUCUCUCGCUCACCUGUAACACCACAAAUGUCAAUGGCGAGAUCAAUCUGAAGUGGGUCACUCCGCCUGGCUCGGGUGCCGUCUGGUAUCCACAGCAACCAGCGAAGGUUGACGGCGCAUCUCGUAUCCUGGCCGAAGACUUCAACCAUGCACGCAGCGCCACAUUGCACAUCUUUGCAGUCAAGUUCCAAGAUGCUGGCAGAUACUCAUGUGAAGCGGAGAAUGAGAAAGGGGUCAGCACGCAGUCGGUGUGGCUGGAUGUUUAUGGAAAGGGGUUCAUUCAUUCAUCACCUGCGAUAAACAAAACCAUCCAAGUCCGUUCAGGGGAGAGUUUGGUGCUCAAGGUGGAAAUGGAGGCUUAUCCCAAACUACAGAGCCUCUCCUGGCGUUUCAUGGGACGGGAGCUGAAGAACACAAGUGACCAUGUCAUCACGACACACACUCACGAGUACAGGUAUGUCAGCGAGCUGAAGCUGGUGCGACUCAAAGUGUCGGAGGGCGGAGUCUACACCUUUCAGGCCUCGAACAAGGAUGCAAAAGUCAACCACUCCUUCACCAUCUUUGUCAUGAGUAAACCAGCCAUUGUGUCUCAUGAGGGCCCAGUGGAUGGACAGGUGCGCUGUGUGGCUGAGGGGUUUCCUGCCCCCCAAAUUACAUGGUUCUACUGCGAGCAGUCAUAUGUCAGGUGCUCCCAGCAGGUGAAUGCCACCCAGGAGGAACACAACAUCAUCACUGUCACACUAUUCAGCCCCAUGUUUGGCAAAACCGAGGUGGAGAGUCGGGUGAACAUCAGCAGAGGUCGAUUUAAUACUCUUGAGUGUGUGGCCACAGUGGAGGGGGAGCAGGCCUACACACUCUUCUCCAUCAGUGAGAAAACUGUUCCUCACGACUUGUUCACACCGUUGCUCAUCGGCACCGUGUCAGCGACAUGUGUCCUCUGUCUCAUCCUUUUCAUACUCUUCUACAAGUACCUGCAGAAACCAAAGUACCAGAUUCAGUGGAAAGUCAUCGAGGGUAUCCACGGGAACAACUACGUCUACAUCGACCCCACACAGCUGCCGUACGAUCACCAGUGGGAGUUUCCCAGAAGUAACUUACGAUUUGGGAAGACGCUCGGAUCUGGAGCAUUCGGGAAAGUGGUGGAAGCUACUGCGUACGGACUCUCCAAAGCCGACUCAGUCAUGACUGUGGCUGUGAAAAUGCUCAAAUCAACCGCUCAUGCCACAGAGAAGGAGGCCUUGAUGUCAGAGCUGAAAGUCCUCAGUUAUUUGGGAAACCACAUAAACAUCGUCAACCUCCUGGGAGCCUGCACAGUUGGGGGCCCGACCCUGGUGAUUACAGAGUACUGCUGCUUUGGAGAUCUUCUCAACUUCCUUCGUCGGAAAAGGGAGUCUUUCAUCACCUCCAAAUUUGAGGACAACUGCUAUUACCACAAUGUCAUGCUGCAGAGAGAAACAGCCGGCGACAGCUUGCAGGACUACAUGGCUAUGAGGCCUUCUGCUGCUGGCAACCGGCCAUUCACAUCAUCCGCUGAGACAAGACGCUCGCUACGCAAAGGUGGCUCUCCCUCUGAAGGAGACAUGGAAAACGAGUUUAUUGAGGAUGGUCUUUCUCUUGAUACUGAAGAUCUACUGAGCUUCUCCUACCAAGUGGCCAAAGGGAUGGAAUUCUUGGCAUCCAAAAAUUGCAUACACAGAGAUCUAGCCGCCAGAAACAUCCUGCUAACUCAAGGAAGGGUGGCAAAGAUCUGUGACUUCGGUCUGGCGCGGGACAUCACCACCGAUUCCAACUAUGUCGUGAAAGGCAACGCUCGUCUGCCGGUGAAGUGGAUGUCUCCGGAAAGUAUUUUCGAGUGUGUGUACACGUUUGAGAGCGACGUUUGGUCCUAUGGCAUUUUGCUGUGGGAAGUCUUCUCCCUUGGAAACAGCCCCUACCCAGGGAUGGCUGUCGAUGCCAGGUUCUACAAACUAAUCAAGGAAGGAUACCGGCUAGAAGCCCCUGAUUUUGCACCGAGUGAAAUGUAUCAGAUCAUGAUGUCCUGCUGGGAAGCUGACCCAUUCCAGAGACCUCCCUUUAGAAAGAUAGUGGAAAGGAUUGAACAACAACUGUCAGAAGCCACCAAGCAUAUUUAUCUAAACUUCAGCGCCAAGCUUCCUGUGAUAUCCAGAGGAAGGGAGGAGCAGAGUUUUGAACUGGUCACCUCCACUGACAGCUCCAACACCUCCACGCAGCCGUUACUCAUACAGCAUGAGGUUUUCCUGGAAGGAGACUCUUCCAGAGCUGAAAGGGUGUAAGGACCUCCUCCGCCUGCAUGGCAGUGUCAUAAAGUGCCUCUAAUGCUCCUGCUAAUAACCACCUUACAUGUCACCCAUGCCCAAAAACUGUCCCAGAGGCAUUCAUGGACACAUUAGCACCUGUUCAGUGGAAGAACAUAAAUGGAAGUCACUUUUUGCUUUUUGAAUGACUGUAAUUAUUGCAAUGCUCAGCACCAUAAGGGCAGUCUGACCCCUCAACCCUCUGUGUGUACAGCAGAGAACUGCCACGGCACCACAGCGGAGUGGUCAAGAGAUGGGACUCUUAAAGAUGUGGCUUCCCCAUGUUGCUUUUGUCCUCCUCCCUUUGACUUGUCUUUUUUUUUGUCAUUUUGAUGAUGGACAAUCCAAAGAAGUUUGCUGUAUGUUCACCUUCUUUUGUGUUUUUACAACAGUAAUGAUCGCACCGUUUUGGGGAGGUGGUUUGAUGACGCACAUGUGGCUCUUCAACUUCAAAUUGUUCCCAACAGCAAGAGAUGUAGCUUCAAUCAGCAUUUUUCAUUGCCAGUAUUACAACCUGUUCAUCAAAUUAUUUAUAUGAAGGAAAAACAGCAUCAGUGGCCAAUGAUAAAUUGAAACACAACAUAGUUUGCAGACUAUCUGUUAGAGUCCAGAAGUGCUGCCAGUCGGGUCCUGCAGUUGUAUAUGGGGGUGGCUACAUGCUUUGGUCGGACUUUUGUUUUAUAUAAGGUACGUUUGGCUGAAGUGCAUUCGACUGUACACUUUUCAAAGUUACACAACCGUUGCUGGGAUGCAGUGUAGUCAGUGACUUGACAAAAAAAAAAAAAGCUCUGUUGAUCUGUGGUGAAUCUGGUGCGCCGUUUUACUUUUUUGACAGCUGGACUGACGGAGAGUUUUCUUGUAAAUACCUGGUUACGUUUCUACAGUUUCUCUCCAAACUGCAUACAGUGUAUAUUUGUUUACAUCAGACAGGUACUGCCAUUUAAGAGGUGUAUUUAAUGUUCUCUUCUUUCUUGACCUAGGAAGCUUUGCAUUCAUUUUGUUUGUUUCUGACUUGCUGGCAGUGGGUGUGGUGUUAUUUGAAUAAUGAUCAAGUCGUGGUUAAGCUAAUACGAACUGCCAUUAAGAAGACUGCAGUAAUGCCCGGGGCACUCUUCUCCAUUUGGUCAUCAGGGCUGCGUGUUCAGAGGUCGACACUGAGUGUGUCCGUCAGUUGGUCAUCUCAUUGUUCCUUGCCAGUAGCUGGUUUCCCACCAGUCCCGAACAUUCAGCUGUUUCCUCCAAAAAGAGCGAGACAAAAGCUUUCAUCAGCCAGUUGUCUGCACGAGUACAGACCAUUCACACGUUCCAACUGACGGAUGUAGCUAAAGGAGCACAAGAAAAGUGUCUUGAAUGUGUGUGUGAAGUAUGUGUGUGUGUAUGUGUGUGAUAGUGAAUAAAAUACAAUUUGUGUGUGCAGGACAAACCUAUCCAUAUUUGAUGAGGUGCCACAUCUGAAUAUUUAAAAGCUUUAGGCUACCAGCACUCCACGGUCUGACUGUUGUGUCUUUUUGUAAAUAUAAAAGUGCAUAAAUUGUUACAUUAUGAUGAUGCUUUUUAUAGAUAUUUAUCUUACCGAAUGAAGAUGUGGUACAUGCAUUUAAAAGACAGUAUUUUUCUUGUGCGGAAAUGGAAAUGGAGAGGUUUCAUCAUGACUGCAACGCGUUGGUUUUACCCGGUCCACAUUUCAGCUAAAAAAAUGUUUUGUCCUAAACACAGAGAUGGAAAUGUCUUUGAAAGAUUUUUGCUUCGUAUUUAUUAAACCCCGUGGCCCUAGUCUUACAUCAACUGCUGAGUUGAUAUUGCCUGUGUGACUGUAAAUAAACUGUUAUGU